AUGGUUCUAGUGGCGAAAGCACUCGCUGGCACGAGUGCCGCGCUAUCACGACGAGCGCUUGUCAAGCUACAGGCGCAAACGCAAGCAAUGGUACGCUGUCUUAAUUGCCCUGGAGGACCUUGGGAUAUGGGAGUAAUGCUCACGACGGACGGUCAUAUACAGAAACUCAAUCGCAAGUUCCGCAAGAAGGACAAACCCACCGACAUUCUGUCCUUUCCAUUCCAUAAAAUUCGUGCCCCAGGAAGGUUUCCUCGUGUCAAAAGGAAGGAGGAACGCUAUUUAGGGGAUAUCUAUAUCAGUCCAGCGUACAUCCAAGCUCAGUGUGAAGAUCCGCAGCUUGAUGACGUCACGACGUUGGAAGAGCGACUGCCUGUGCUCAUGGCACACGGACUCUGCCACUUGAUGGGAUACGACCAUGAACAAGACGCCGACUACGAGCGCAUGCAACAGGCCGAGAAUUUCAUCCUCAAUCGCUAUGCACAGUUUCUUCCGCCUGCAUUUGCUACUGACAACAUAUCAAUUCCAGCAACCGAUACAGACUUGAUGUAG